AUGUCGGACCAGGCCAACUCUCACUACCAGGAACCCAUUAACGGGCUUAAGCCGUUAUCAAAUGCGGAAAGCUACGACUUGCCUGCUACCGCAAGCGACUUGUCCCGCCGCGCAGAGCGCGCAGAGUUCUCAUACGCCGAUGGCCAGCCUCUAGGAGAGGCUGAGAUUGAAGAGGAUGACGACGACGAAGAGGAAGAAGUUGAAGGAGAAUAUGUCGCUGUGGACCAUGACGAUAUCAACGAAUAUCCUUACUGGUUCCGUCGCCCACCCGUCCACCAACGCACCAAGUUGGAUGAGCUGCACCCGUUCGUGCAGGUUCUCACUGAGUCGAACGUCGAAGAUUGCGUCAAGGUCGAGGAGGCAUUUCCUGAACACGAGCGCUGCUCGCGCGAAAAGUUUCGUUAUCGCCUGAGCAGAUGCCCGGAAUUAUGUCUCGGCUUGUUUACUCUUCCAAUCCUCGGGGAGGGCGAGCCUAAGCCUCGCCCGACGCUGGUGGGCCAUGUCAUCGCCACGAGAACCUCGAACCCGGUGGUGACGGAUAAGUCUAUGGAGCUCCCGCCGAAGUGGCAGGAAGAGCGCAUGACUGUGGAGGAUGGAGAGACUGUUGGUCAUGACGAGUACGGCAGCACGAUUGCCAUCCACUCUCUCGCCGUACUGCCAGAGCAUCAGGGCAAGCAAGUUGGCAGCACAUUGAUGAAGGCAUAUAUCCAGAGGAUCAAGGAUGCGCAAAUCGCCGAUCGCAUUUCCAUCAUUGCGCAUGGCCCUCUGGUGCCCUAUUAUCAGUCUUUUGGUUUUGAGAACCGCGGUCCUAGCAACUGCCAAUUCGGCGGUGGUGGCUGGGUGAACAUGCUGACAGUCCCCAGGUCUUCGAGUUCGCCAAGGAGAUUCGGUCUUACUGGUGGGUUCAUGAUAAAAAGCAACGGCGUUUUGUCGGGCUACGAGGGUUUAGGGACAGAUGAUGAUGAUGCUGGUAUUAUGAUGGCCGGAUUGAAGCACCACGGAUGGUUUGGUCAGGGCAGGCAUAUUUGUAUCAUAGUCCCCGACAUGGUUCAAAGACUUGAAAGUAUCAAAUAUAAUCGACUAAUAUGCGUAAGUACCCAACAGCUGCUGGCUGGCUGGCUGGCUGGCUGCCUCGCCUAG